AUGACCAUUGCUUAUGAAAAUAACAAACUGGCCACAAAUCUAAUUGCUUUCCGCGGUGUUUUUCGACGUUCUAGUAACACUCAACAUCAGCAACAACCUGAACAAAGUGUCAGAAUAACGCAACCACAAAAAGUACCGCAUCAGUCACACCAAUUACAACAAGGAGCUACUGUAGGCGGCAACAGUCGUAACAGUAGCAAUAAUAGUAAUAGUAAUAAUACUAAUACCAGUAGUGGUGGUGGUGGUGGUGGUGGUGGCGGCGGUGGUGCUGGCGGUGGUGGUGGUGGCGGUGGAAACAGCAGUGUUGGCCGCUCGAGCUUUUCUUCUAGCUCGAGUGGUAACGAAACACCUACAACUUCUUCAACUUCUACGGCAACUUCUAAUAUUGGCUACUCAGGCUGCAUCAUGUAUGACCAACAUCCAUCUAUUGCUGAUUCUUAUUCAUUAGUUAUCGCCACAUCAACUGACGCUAAUAACACCAGUAAUGGUGGUGCGACAAUUGGAAAGAUCGACAACAACAUAGAAACUCAAUUGAGGUCAGAGGAGCAGAGACAGCAACAGCAAGGAUGUCGAUUGUGUAUUGGAUGCUUGCAAGAAAUACGUGACCCUUUUGUAUUACGUGUCAGUCCAGAUCUCGAAUUUCAUGCCAGAUGUCUGAAGUGUGAACAAUGUGAAUGUUAUUUGGAUGAAAGUUGUACAGCGUAUAUUCGGAACAAUAAACCAUACUGUAAGGAGGAUUAUAUCAGGAUAACAGAUGCAAAGAAAUGUAUUCGUUGUAAGGAAUAUAUUUCAAAAACUGAUAUGGUGAUGAAGAUAAGAACAUUAACUUAUCAUGCGACAUGUUUCUCAUGUUCAAAUUGUGAUAAGAAGUUAACAAUUGGAGAGGAAUUCGUUUUACGAGAACGUGAAGAUGAUAUAUUAUGUCGAGCUGAUUGUGAUACGAAUAAUAUUGAGCAACCAUCUUCAAUCAAAACUGAUAUUUAUGGACGAGAAGAGGAAGAUGGCUGGGAUGGUUCAACUUUAACAAGCUUGGAUAAUCAAAUGUCAAGUACACCACCACUUUCACUUCAAAGUCCUAAAUCAGAUGAGAUUGUGACCACAUUUAAUACAUCGAAGUCACAAAUUAAAAAGAAUAAGAAGGACAAACAAUCGACUAGAGUUCGAACGGUACUUAAUGAGAAACAGCUGAUGACGCUUAAGGCAUGUUAUGCUGCCAAUGCUAGGCCAGAUGCUAUGAUGAAAGAACAUCUCGUUGAAAUGACUGGUUUAAGUCCACGUGUGAUACGUGUAUGGUUCCAAAAUAAACGCUGCAAAGAUAAGAAGCGACAAAUUGCAAUGAAACAUUUGCAACAGAAGGCGGAAACUGAAAGAGCUAUUACGGGCGUGCGACUGGGCGGUGUUGGUCCACUGAUAGCUACAUCACCAACACCACACAGUGAUCCAAACUUGAUUGGUAUCCAACCUGUGGAUAUUCAUCAAUUUCCGCAGAAUCCGAAUAUCUGGUCCGGUAUGGAAGCAAUGAAUGCUCAAGGAGGCAUGCAACAACCUCAGCAUGCAGCAUUGCAGUCCACAUUGCAGCAACCUUCACCGUAUGCUCAAAUUAUGCCACCACCGCCACCUCACUAUGCAGAUUUGGGAAAUGAUCUGAAUAACAGUGGUUACGGUGGUAUGAUGCCUGGAACCGGAUCGAGCAAUCAUCUUUUCUCGGUCAAUAUGGGCACAGACCUCGAAUUUUCGCCUCAAGUGAAUGCUUCUGAUUUAUCAUCGCCAUCAUGCAGCGAGUAGAACUACGACCAUUGAGAUCCCUCAGUUUCGCUUAUCAACAAUCUUCCUUAGCGCUU